UUCAAUCGUGACCAUGUGGCCAGAAAAGCUUUUGGCAGACCAAAAAGUCUGGGUCAGUAGGCCAGAAAACAUCAUUGGUGGCCAGGUGAAGGACAACACCACAUUCCGACAGCUACAGAGUUUGGCUAAGUCAUGCAACUGCGAACCGGUCAAAUCUGGGCUUCAGAAGAUCUCUGAGGACAGACUAUGUAGAGAUCAUUUCUCGAGACCGCUAUCAGAGCUGUUCAUGGACACGGCCAAUCCACCGGACUUUCUGGUCUCAUUUUCUAACCUCGCCCUUGGCUCCAUUCUACAAUAUACAUUCCCCGGAGCAAAAAGUGGAGUAUAUAAGGUAAUUAACUCGU